AGUCAGUCUGUUGAUCACCGCUGGCGAACUUGGAUGCGCGUUUCUCCCCUUUCGUUUUCGUUGUAGUGUGUGUGUGUGUGUGUGUGUGCGUUUUGUGUCCCGUGCCGUUUCGCCGCAGUUUUUUCACCUGUAGAGUGUACUACUUGUCGUCGUUAUUAUUGUUGUUAAAUAUAAAGCACAUACAUACAUAUAUUCCUCAAUGCUUUUCUUAAUUGAGGCCUGACGGAUUAAUAGCUAACCACCAGAGCCGGGCUUAGAAACCCCAAAAAAAAACAAAAAAAAAAACGGAAAACAUGACGGACAAUGAAAAUGAGAUCAAGGCUGCAUCUUCGGAUAUAACCAGCGAGCCUCAAAGUGUUGUUGAAGCUACUCCCACUGCACAACCCAUCGAAGUAGUAGAAGUGGCAAAACCAACCGCCGAGCCAGUCAUUGAAGCAGCAGCCCCUCCACAGGAAUCACCUGUUGUAGUACCUGAAGUAACAUCUAUUGCCGCACCCAUCGAUGCCGAUGCCCAGACGAAUGGCACAGCUCUGGUUGAGUCCAGGAAGGAACCUCCAGUUGAUGCCGAUGGCCAGACGAAUGGCACAGCUCUAGUUGAGUCCAGGAAGGAACCUCCGAAAAAAAUUGAUCCCGAUCAGAAUGGCAAGGAUCCUAAUGAGUCAAAUAGCUUGGCCAAUGUAUCGGAAGCAGAGGGCCAACAAAAGAAAUAUCCAUACCCGAAAUCCGUAUUCUUUAUUAUCAGCAAUGAAUUCUGUGAACGUUUCAACUAUUAUGGCAUGCGAACUGUCUUGGUUCUCUUCCUAAAGAGUGCGCUGGACUACUCGGAAGACACGGCCACGGUUGUUUUCCAUGUUUUCACCAUGUUUGUGUAUUUCCUUUGUGUAUUCGGUGCCAUAAUUUCGGACUCUUGGCUUGGAAAAUUCAAGACUAUUUUAUAUCUAUCGUUGGUGUAUAUUUGUGGUUCUGUUCUGCUAACUCUGGGUGCCAUUGGUCCACUCAAUUUACCGAUGGAGACAUUUACCAUGCUGGGACUUGCAUUGAUAGCCCUGGGAUCUGGUGGCAUAAAACCAUGUGUCUCCGCCUUUGGUGGCGAUCAAUUCAAGAUGCCAGAACAGGUGAAACAAAUCACAUCGUUCUUUUCGGUCUUCUAUUUCGCAAUCAAUGCUGGCUCAUUGAUUUCGACAUCGGUGACGCCAAUUCUACGUGAAGAUAUCUCCUGUUUCGAUGACAUCAACUGUUAUCCGUUGGCCUUUGGUGUGCCAGCCAUAUUGAUGAUCGUAUCGGUGAUCAUAUUCGUUCUGGGUCGCCCAUUGUAUAAGAUCAAGCCACCAGCAGGCAAUAUGGUGGUCUUAGUGUGCAGCACCAUUUGGACAGCAUUGACGACCAAGUGCAAGGAAAAGAAGACAAAUCCCCGGGAACAUUGGCUAGAUUAUGCGGACAAGAAACAUGAUCGUCAGCUAAUCGAUGAUGUUAAAGUGUUGAUGCGUGUGCUGUUCCUUUAUUUGCCAUUGCCCGUGUUCUGGGCAUUGUUCGAUCAACAGGGCUCACGUUGGACCUUCCAGGCAACGCGUAUGGACGGUGACAUGGGAUCAUGGGACAUUAAGCCCGAUCAAUUGCAAGUGCUCAAUCCGUUGCUCAUUCUCGUCUUUAUACCUCUCUACGAUGUGGCCUUCUAUCCGGCAUUGAGAUUAGUUGGCAUUCGACGUCCAUUACAGAAAUUGACCAUGGGUGGAAUAUUGGCUGGCGUGGCUUUUAUUAUUUCCGGCGUGGUCGAGUUAAGUCUUGAGAAAACAUAUCCCACCUUGCCUUCAGCCCAGAAUGUUCAGCUGCGAGUUUUCAAUACCGAAAACUGUGCGUACACCUUCAACUUCAACUCAACUGCAGAACAGACUGGCCUAAUAUUCAAUGUGGGCCCCUAUGAGGUUUAUACCAACAAGGAUGUCUAUGUCGAUGGCACUGAGGAUUUGCCAUACACAAUCAGCUCAACCAAUCCGGAUUGUUACAAUUUUGACAAUGGCAACCUACGCCAUACAUUUACAGAUGCCACAGCCUGGUCGUUAAUCCUCAAUUCGGCGAAUACGACAGAAGCGGCAUUCUGGGUGGAAGACUUUGUGAAUAAACCAUCUGAUGGACAUCCAUUGGUCCGCAAUAUAGCCAAUAUUGAUCCCACAAGUAAGAUUGUCUGGAGAACUACAAAAGGUGUGGACGGGUAUGAUGACUAUGCAAACGAAACACAGCUCACAAAAUUGACAUCCACCACAUAUGAUGUACUUGUUAACGAUCAGCUGGUAGACACCUACAGAAUUCACACCGGCGGUGUAUACACUCUUAUAGUGAGUGGAAAUGACGCAACUGGCUAUACGAGCAACAUUAAUGAGAUCACUGAACCCAAUUCCAUGAACAUAUUAUGGCUAAUUCCCCAGUAUGUGAUUAUGACACUGGGCGAAGUUAUGUUCUCGGUGACCGGUUUGGAGUUCUCAUAUGCCCAAGCACCGCCUAGCAUGAAGUCGGUCCUGCAGGCCUGUUGGCUGCUCACCGUGGCCUUUGGCAAUGUCAUUGUGGUCAUUAUUGCUGAAGCUGCCAUCUUUGACUCCCAAGCCUCUGAGUUCUUCUUAUUCGCUGGCCUUAUGUUUGCUGAUAUGCUGCUCUUUAUGUUCAUUGCUUAUGCCUAUAAGCCCAAUGAUCCAAAUAAAACGGUCGAUGAGGCCGAAAAGCCGCUGGCACUAAGUGACGGCAAUGAUGAUGCUGGUAGAAGUGAAAUACCUCCGCUAGAGAACGGUGUGGAUAACAAGGGCAAGGACAUCAAUGAGUAAUAAAGCUCUUUUUCCUUCUGUAUUAUACACAUAUAUAUAUGUGUUAUUGCCAAAAAUGAAAAAAAAAAAACAACAACAACAACCUUCCAUUUUGUAUGUUCAUCCCCACCCCCAUACCCCCAUACCCUGUUCACCCUUUUACAAUGUAAGUAUGAAGUGUGACACACAAAAGUAACAUGUUCGGAUGCUCCGGACACCGUUGUUAUAAUAUGACAAGACAUUCUUUCUAGUUAAUCUACUGAAUAAAAUAUAAUCUUUAUACUAAA